CUUGGUGCGAUUGCAGUUUCAAUUUUGACCUGGAUUAGCAGCACCAACAUGAACAUCAUUACGCUCCAGCAGUGGCUCCUCUUUGAAGCGGACAUCGCCUUGUAUCUUGCUGCCGGCCUCUCGUUCUCGAUCGUCUCGGGCUUCCUCUCGUGGUGUCUGCUCGCGACGCGGUGCAUCCACAGCAGCAAGCACCUCGAUUCGAUCAUCGAGGACACUACAUUUGCGCCUCUCGUCAAGGGCAACCAGCUCAACCUCCACAACGCGCAGGUGCUCGUGACCCAAGUCCAGCUCCUUGACAACGACGACGAAAGCUGCACGCAUGCCAGCUACACAAUUACCUUGACGUGGGGCGCCAAGCUUGAGGCGUCGCACACAAAGUUGCUCCGGAAGCGCUACUCGGAGUUUGCCCAGCUUAUCGCGGCAAUCAAGAGCGAGAUCAAGGAGAUGGAGGACCGCCCUGUCGUGCCUGUACUGCCGUCCAAGUCGCUCCUGCGGCAGCUCAACCCGUCGUUUCUUGAGAAGCGCCGCUUGGGUCUUCAGCUUUUCUUGCACCAAGUGGCUUCCAACCCCAAGCUUGCCGACCUCCCGGCUGUGCGCCAGUUCGUCGGCUUGCACUGAGCGGCCGACACAACCCUUUAUUUAAUCACGGAACCAUACCAUAGCCAAAAAGGUACUCGUAGUAGAGUGCAUCCUGUACGAUACUUAAACUGCAUUCAGAUUCAAUCAACGCUCGAAGUUGGUUACCACAGGC